CGCCACAGGCCGCCGCGCGCAUGCGCCGCCCGCGCCCGCCCCCUCCCUCGCCUUUGUUCGGGGUUGGGCGCCAUUUUGCGCGGCGGCUGAGUGGAGGCGCUGAUUGGGUUUCGGGGGCCGGUAGCGGAGCCAAUCAGCGCGGGACCCGAACCGGGGGAGCGAGGCACGAUCCUUAGACUGAAGUGUGCCCUCCACCUCCUGGGGACUGCAGCACCAUGGAGCAGUACACAGCAAACAGUAACAGUUCCACAGAGCAGAUUGUUGUGCAGGCUGGACAGAUUCAGCAGCAGCAGCAGGGUGGUGUCACUGCUGUCCAGUUGCAGACUGAGGCCCAGGUGGCAUCCGCCUCAGGCCAGCAAGUCCAGACCCUCCAGGUAGUCCAGGGUCAACCACUAAUGGUGCAAGUAAGCGGAGGUCAGCUGAUCACAUCAACUGGCCAGCCCAUCAUGGUGCAGGCUGUGCCUGGCGGUCAGGGCCAGACAAUCAUGCAAGUCCCAGUUUCUGGAACACAAGGACUGCAGCAGAUUCAGUUGGUCCAGCCAGGUCAGAUUCAGAUUCAAGGUGGGCAGGCUGUGCAGGUACAGGGGCAGCAGGGCCAGACCCAGCAGAUCAUUAUACAGCAGCCACAGACUGCAGUUACUGCUGGCCAGACACAGACCCAGCAACAAAUAGCAGUUCAAGGACAGCAGGUAGCACAAGCAGCUGAAGGCCAGACCAUAGUCUAUCAGCCAGUUAAUGCUGAUGGAACCAUCCUCCAACAAGUUACAGUCCCUGUUACAGGCAUGAUCACCAUCCCAGCAGCCAGCCUGGCUGGAGCACAAAUUGUCCAAACAGGAGCCAACACCAAUACAACCAGUAGUGGACAAGGGACUGUCACAGUGACGCUGCCAGUUGCUGGAAAUGUUGUCAAUUCAGGUGGAAUGGUUAUGAUGGUACCUGGAGCUGGAUCAGUACCAGCUAUCCAGAGAAUACCUUUGCCUGGAGCAGAAAUGCUGGAAGAAGAGCCGCUCUAUGUAAAUGCCAAGCAGUAUCACCGGAUCCUUAAGAGGAGACAGGCACGUGCCAAGCUUGAAGCAGAAGGAAAAAUCCCCAAAGAAAGAAGGAAAUACUUGCAUGAAUCUCGGCAUCGUCAUGCCAUGGCCAGGAAGAGGGGAGAAGGUGGACGUUUCUUCUCACCAAAGGAAAAGGACAGCCCUCACAUGCAGGAUCCAACUCAGGCCAACGAAGAAGCAAUGACACAGAUGAUCAGAGUCUCCUAACCACUUCUUAGAGAAAAAAUAAAUAACUGAAUAGAA